UCAGCUGUAGCUGGUGCUCGGCGUUUAGGGCCCGGUCGCUGUGUGGGUAGAGUGUUUGUGUUACGUGCAAUGAGCCGGAUACCCGAGUGCGCUCUUCACAUUAUUGUGUACGAUCCUUCAUGCGUGCUAGCUGCAUGUAACAGUAUUGCAUAGGCAGUACACGUGCAUACACACAACUCGCUGAAAAAGAACAGCUUGUUUACAACCGGCAUGUCAAAUGUCAAUAUUUGCAUUGCCGUUCGGCCGUCGUCUUACUGAUAGGAUUGGAAUGAACUGAUGAUGUGCUUAUUCUCUGGUAGGUGCUCCUCACGUGAACAGUUGAUGAAGUGAUCAUCAGUGCGAUAUUACGGAGUGGAGUUAAAUUUCGACUCGUACUUAGUUGAAAUUUGAGGUUACAGCAGGCUUCAGCCAAGAUGCACUGUGUUUUAUCGUCAGUUAUUCAGCUGUGUGUUGCGAUAUUGAUCGGCAGCGGGAAUGUAUAUGCUACCGGUCCGCUACGAGAGAACCCAGCUGAUGCUUUCACCACGCCGGGCUCUACUGUGGUUUUACGGUGCGCUAUAAACAACCGUCCCGGUCAAUCCCCGUAUAUCGUGUAUUGGUAUCGUCAUAGCCCCAACGCUGCCUACUUGACCAAGGGAACCCGAGUCUUUCGCCAGAGCACUACGGACGACUCAUGGCGGCGUCUUUCCGUGAUAGGGGACACUCCAGCCGGGGAAUAUUUCCUUCAAAUACGGGAUGUCAGCAUGAGUGAUGCUGGCGAUUACGGCUGUGUGUACUUUGAAGGAGGUAAAUACUUGGGGGAGUCUCGGAUCGUCACUAUCACGGUGUAUGAACCUCCCCAUGAGGGGUAUCCACAGUGCAGUAUGGAACCGGCCGGGGUGUACCUCGAACCGGGACAAAAAGUGGUGCUUACUUGUAUAUCUUCUGGGGGGAAUCCUAAGCCCCGUCUUGACUGGAUGAGUUGGCAUGAGAUAUUGCCAGGGAGAGUAGAGGAGGACCCCUACCCUAAAGCUACCUAUGAACUACAGCUCAUGGAGACCGACAAUGGAGCAGUAUUCACGUGCGUGGAGAACACUCCAGCUUUGCCUCGGCUGGCCCGGACGUGUAGUCUAAAGCCAUUUCACCGGCCAACCAAUGUUUCCAUAGUGACUUCCUCUGUCAAUGUAGGAGAAGAUGCUGUGUUUACCUGCUCUGCAGUUGGUAUUCCCAGUGUCACUAACUAUACCUGGAUAAUUGCUGGAAAAACUCCGGAAAACUUUGUCUCUGCCUCAGGGGAAAAGAUCGUCAUCCAAGACAAUAACCAGGUUUUACGGAUUGUUAAUGUUCUUUCUGGAGAUAACGGGACAGUUGUUAAGUGUUACGCUAACAAUGAAAUCAAUGAGAAAGGGGAUACUAGUACAGAAGUUUUUAUAUCACAGCUGCUUCCUAGUCGUCCAAGUGGUAAGAAUGCGAGCGCGAGGGAUGAAGAUAAUGAAUCGGGGAUGAAUGCUGGCAUCAUUGUGGGUUCAGUUCUUACUUUACUCCUCUUGGUCAUCAUCAUCGUCCUCCUAGUGCGGAAGCUCAUCUGUCUCAACAUAAAGCAGGAGUCCUCCAGAGAGAAGGAGCAGGAGAUUGGAGAGGCGGAGAGCCAACCUUUGAAGGCUGAAACUACUGAUACUCAUCAACCAGUCGUUAAUAUACACGCCAAUCCACGGCCUGUUACGAUCUGCCUCACACCGCGAGAUGCAAUCGUAGAACAUAUACGAGAGACAGAAGAAGCUGGUGGCCAACUUCUGAGACCAUCCGAUAGUGGUUCCCGGGUAACUGUAGUUGGUCGACUAUCCUGUGCUGGAAUGACAGUGGAUUUUGGAGAUAUUGGACAAAUGUAUUCAAAGCCCGCCAAGAAGGGAGACACUACGAAGCACGCAGAUGUCGUGCCAGAUCCAGAACCUCAGACCUCCAAACCGAAACCCAAACCUGCUGCCAAGCCCGCUCUGCUCCCAAAACCUAAACUCCUUCCUAAACUAGGAAAGCCCCUGCCCGUCCAAUCGAAAGAGGAACCAGUGUCUCCGAAGGAGGACGACCAGCCGAAAGAUGAAAAUGGUGAAGUCAUCUAUGAGAACACCCACCGUAGACCAGACAUCACCAUGGACCUAGGGGAAGAAAAAGAUCCCCUGAAACCCAACUCCACCCACUGGAAUGGGAAGAAACCAGAGCUGUUAUAAAACUGAGUGUUAUCCUCCCACUGGUCUGGGAAGCGACCAGAGUCGUUAUAAUUCAAGAUUAGUAAUAUGUUCUCACAGGAAUAGGAAACAACCAGGAUUGUUCUAAGAUAUUGUCCACCCACUGGAUUGGAAAGCGACCAGGUUCGUUAUACAUGUACCUCAAAACUAGUAAUAUCCUUUCACCGGAAUAGGAAAAGCCAGGGUUGUUCUAAGUUAUCCAUCCACUGGAUUGGGAAGCGACAAGAGUUAUGAGACCAUCAUCUUCUUUUGAGUACAUGGAAACAUAUUUGAAAUUAUUCUUGCAAACAAUUUAUAUACAUUGGUCUAUACUGUUGAAUUCUGUAAAUACAAAGAAAAAGCCAUUUAUCCACAUUUGUAUCAACAUAGAACUUAGAAUGCCCUAUCUUGGUAAAAGUUUGGUCAUGGUAGCCUGGCAAUAUAAACUUAAAACUGAUAAGUGAUAUCGGUGUGCACGGCCUUGGCAUAAGUUUCUGAACAAAUCAAUCCUACAUUUGCACACGCAAAUAUUUUAAUAAAGUUUCUCCCACUCCCAUGCUAUUUAAAUCUCAUUCAAAAUAAUUGAAUGUAAUUGGAGCCAACACUGGUUAGAAGGAAAACAACUUGCUGAUUUUUCAAAUCAGCAAGUUUUAAAAAGAAAUUGUUAAAACUAAAAGCCAUGAUAUUACUAGAAAAAAGGCACCUUUUGCAACAGUUUUAUCCUCAUCAAGUAACAAAACAUAAGUGUAAAUGUACAAGUCGAGUGCAUUUCUUUGGAAGAUGUAUUGCGCAUAGGGGAUUAUCUCCAUUUUCGGGAAACCUUUUCGAAAUUGAUUGAUUCAGCACGACGCUAGUGAUUUGUAAGGACACAAAUUUUUAUGAUACAAGUUUUAUCAUUUACUUCACUACAUGUACCUGUAUGUACAUGUACACUAGCUGUGGUUUCAACAGAGCAAAUUUCAUUUCUAAAUCUGAAGUGAAACACAAACAGGUGUAAACAAGUGAAAAAACGGGGGGGGUGUAGACAUUGUUCUUGUGGUCAAAUUUGCAAUACUGCUGAACACUGCCGAUAAUACUAGUUGUAUGCGUCAGUAGUUUCAUCUGUUAUAAAUAUAUGUAACCAGGUGUGAUCGGCACACAAAAUCCCACUUCACCCAGUCUUGGCUCUACACAGACUUCUGAACUCUUGUCAUGUUUGUCUUGUCAAACGUAAUCUCUACAACUUGUGUAAACCGAGCCGUGGGUUUAAACACUUUAAGUCAGUGUACAAAGGUGCAUGCUUUAAUGGAAUUGGAAGGAAGGGUUUCAGUCGGGAAAGUUGGGUGUUGUGGGUGCUUUUUGAAUAUGACAUCAACCAAGUUUUUACAAUUUGACUUGAUGUGGAGAGCUGCUACCCUUUAAUGUAAAUUUCGUAUUUUAUAUUUGUCUUUCAUUUUUGUGCCUUUUUUCUAAACAAUAAUCAGUUAGUUUGGAUACGAGCAGUGGCGUAGCUAGGGUUUUACUAAGGGGGGGGGCA